GCUAGCUACUUCCUGUGUAGACUGUUAGCAAGUUCACAUCCAGACGGCCGCAGCGACUGCGACUGCUGUGUCAUCCAAGAUGCUGGCCCUCAUAAACAGGCUUUUGGACUGGUUCAGGUCCCUCUUCUGGAAAGAGGAGAUGGAGCUUACAUUAGUGGGACUUCAGUACUCCGGGAAAACCACAUUCGUCAACGUGAUUGCGUCGGGCCAGUUCAGUGAAGACAUGAUUCCCACAGUCGGUUUCAACAUGCGGAAGGUCACUAAAGGAAAUGUGACAAUAAAGAUUUGGGACAUAGGUGGACAGCCCCGCUUCAGAAGCAUGUGGGAGCGCUACUGUAGAGGAGUCAAUGCAAUUGUUUACAUGGUGGAUGCAGCAGAUCGAGAGAAGAUAGAAGCUUCCAGAAAUGAACUGCACAACCUUUUAGACAAACCACAACUACAGGGAAUUCCUGUUCUAGUAUUGGGCAACAAACGAGACUUGCCCAGCGCACUUGACGAGAAGCAGCUCAUUGAAAAAAUGAACCUAUCUGCCAUUCAGGACCGAGAGAUCUGCUGCUACUCUGUCUCCUGCAAAGAGAAAGACAACAUAGAUAUCACACUGCAGUGGCUCAUCCAGCAUUCAAAGUCCCGGAGAAGCUGAAAGUGAAGCCCUCCCCAGUCGCAGCUCUGGCCUCAGCCCUCUAACGGUCAUGGGUCCUUGACAGUCAUCCCUUCCACUGCCUCUGUGAAGUAAUCCAGCUCUCUCUCUCUCUGCUCACUACCGUCACCACCUGCAUCACCCAGUACACUACCAUAGAUGUGUAGCCCCUGUACAGCACUACCGCCACCCCCAACUAUCUGGAGUCUUGAAAAGUUGUCUCAGUACUGUGCUAGAAGGUGGAUUGUCCAUACCCAUCAUGCCUUAUCGCCUGUCAUUAUGGACAUGCUCUAUGUCUGUGUACAUCAUGGGAGUUUUUUUUUUUUUUUUUUGGCUUCUGUUUUCUUCGACACAGGAAUCUAAUGAUGUUGCAGUGUACUGUUCCCCAACUAGGAUGGAGCUCCUCUAAUCCCACAAUCAAAACAUCCGUUUUGUUGCCUGUCAACAUUUCGUGUUUACGUGACAUCGUGUGAUUGUAGUUUUUAACAGUUAUUUGCCAAAUGACAAUGGUUGCUUUGCGCUAAUGCCUUCAAUUCCUGUUAAACUCUUAGCAAUGUAGCCUGCAUUUUUAUUUGCCGGCAUAUGGAAGUAUCUAUUUUAUUAAGUGACUUAAAUUAAAGUUUACACAUAACAAGAUCAAUGGAAGGCGAGACUGUGAGCGGUUGUUGUAUCUGAGGCAAAAAUCCUAAGAUACGUCAGCAGAUUUUUAAGUGCCUUUGGCUCAGUGAGUGUCCCAAUCAGACAGUUAUUGCCCAAUGCAACUUCUAACCUAUUAUAAAAAAAAACAAAAAAACACUUGGUUCAGACACAGCUAAAAUCCCUUGAUUACACUUAACACCACCUCUAGACAAUCUCAUUUUAUGUUUUCUAAUCACAUAAACACAUUAUGACGUCUGAGAAAAGACAGCACUGUACUAACAAUGAAAAAUGAGGAAUGAAGUAAUGGAUGACUUGGGAUGUGAGGUGAAUAUGAAAAUGUUACAUUUUGUUUGGUAUACUUUUGAAUGCUGUUUCAUUUGCAGCCUGCAAAUCUUUUAUGUAGCUUGAAAUGUGGGCUGACUUUUGCUUGCAGUUCUCAGGUUGUUAUGGGAUUUUUUUUUUAUUUUUUUGUUUUAAUUGUCUGAACAUAGUAUGGGUGUGCUGAAGUAUCUGUUUCAUAAUCCCUAUUUUGUUCGGGUUGGAUAGCAGAAAGCCAGUGUUAGUCACGGGGACUGAGAUGACAGAGAGGAGAAGACAGUCCAUUAGUUGAAAGCGUUGGAUGUUUGAUGUCAUCCAUGCCUUGCCACACCCUUGGCUUAAUGCUGAUGUCUUCUUGUGAAAGCCUUAGCAGUCCAAAGACAAAGCCGGCUCCUCUAAAAGCGACGUAUUGAUUGACUCGUCAUUUCCUUUCAGCGACAAGACAAUGAUUUCUCCCAGUUUCAACCACUGUAUAUUAAUUUGUCCCUUGCCUGGCCAGUGCAUCUUGAUCUGUUAAUUUUUUUUUUUCUUUUUCUGCGUGUGUGUGUGUGUGUGUGCGCGCCAUCCAAUGGGAGUGUGUUAUCCCUUCUGCUACAAUACUAUAUGUAGGCCUACCUGGCUCCUGCAUUUCACUGUAAUGUUUGUUCCACAUAUCCAUCACCUACUCUCUGUUAUCUCACAUGUUGUACUGUGUCUGUUGGUGAUCGUUGUUAUCCUAAAUGUCGAUUGUUGGGACCACAGCAGCAGUGAGGGGCUGUAUAAUUGGGUGACUGAGUGGGUAAUUUGGGGAAAGCUUUGUUACCUGUGUAAUAAUAUAGCCUAUUUGCAAUUUGUAUGUGCAUGUGCUGAACUUAAUCACAUUCAAUUGCAGACUUUGUAAAUAAGAAGUUAGCAUUUUUAUUCCAACAAAUGCUCCUGUAGAUGUAAUGCAUUCUUUCCCUGUGAUUGCUAAUAAAUUUGUUUUUAUUUUUAAGGAUCUCAA